AUUCGACGAUUUCCCGGAACCGAACGCCGCCGAUCCGGCGAUUGCGUCCACGGUGACAGUGCCCAAGCCCAACCCAAGCCCGUUCAUAAGUGGCAUCGUAUCCAUUCUCUGUUCGUCUUCCUCGAUCCGAAACGGAAAACUAGUAAACCACCCUCCCACCCCGCGUGCUCCGUGCUCAUUCCCCAUCUCGUCUCCUCCCAACCCAAACGACAAAACCCUAGCCUCCUCUUCCGUGUGAUGGGAUGCCGUCCAAACCCUACCCCGACACCCUGACCUCCUCUUCUUCCUCCGCCGCCGUCGCCCCCGCGACCUGGAUGUCCGCAUCCGCAUGGACGGCGCCCGAGUCCUGAUCGCCGCCGGUGCCACCGCCGUCUGCUGCCUCGCCUGCGCCUUCUGGGUCUUCCACUCCUCUUCCUCCUCCUCCUCCUCCUCCCCCGCAUCCUCAAAGAAGCACCAAUCCCCUCCCGCCAACUGCUGCGGCUGCGCCUCCUGCGGCUGCCGCGACGCCAAGUCCGCCAACGGCGACAUGGCUGUGGGCGGGGAGAACAAGAAGAAGGCGUCGGAGCCGGCUCCGCCUGAGACGCCCUCCAUGAUGGAGCAGCUCGUGCCGGAGAUCACCACCCACGCUCUCAGCUACCUCGACUACACCAGCCUCUGCCGUCUCUCCAUGACCAACUCAGCCAUGCGCCGCGCGGCCAACGACGACGGCGCCUGGAAGGCACUGUACCACAAGGAUUUUACGGUGGAGCAGGGUACUAUAAAUCCUCCUAAUGGAUGGAAGGCAUACUAUGCAGCUACAAAAGCCAUCAUUAACCUUAAUGCAGAGUUCUACAAUAUCAUCAGGGAAGGGGCCUUGCCAGCAAUGAGCCGUUUUUGGCUUAAUGCAGACUAUGUCAAGUGUAUUCAUGCGACUGGGGAGUUCUGCACUGGAUACAACGCAGUGAUGGAGAGCUGGGGCCUGCUAUUCAACUGGGGCCAAGAUGGAGGGCAGGGCAUUGCCUUCCAGAUAAGGGAUGUCCGUGUCCGUGUGCUCGGUGAGGUGGCAUGGGUUAACAUGAAGGCGAAUGUCGACGUUGACCCAGUGCUGUUCCAUGUUACCAACGUGUAUGAGCUCUGGAACGGCAGGUGGUAUAUGGUCCAUCACCAUAGCUCGCUGAUGGCUGACCCUGCUCCGCAUAAUAUGUUUGGGUGAAGCUGGAGGAGAAGAACAGCAAGAAACCUUUGGGAUGAAAAUUCGGUGGUGAAUGUUUGGUGUGGUAUGCUUCUUGACCGGAAAUAGAUUGUCGGAUGUAUUCGAAGAGAGAUUCCCUUCCCCCCCUUCUCCGUUGUGGAUCUGCUGUUUGUUUAUAUUACUCCUCUGGAUCUGCGUUCCGCAGUUUUGUACAAAUGUGUUUUAGGUGUUAUUAAAACUUAAAUCGGUGAAUGGAAGGUUAUGGUGCCCUGUGGGUCGCGGGCUCGCGGCUGACUUUGAUUUA